AUGUUUCUACGUCGAUCUUCAAUGUCCAGUAUAAGUGAAGAAUCAGAAAGGGAUGAUAAUGAUCAAAUUGAUGACAACUUGGUGAGAAAUAAAGAAUAUAUAAAUGGAAAACAAAAUCAAUUAUCAAUUAAUUUAAACGUUCAAAAUUGUCUUGGUGAUUUGAAUACUUUGAAAGAAGAAAUACGAGAAGCAUAUGAAGAAUUAUCAACUUUGGAAAGACAAGUUCAACAGAAAACAUCAUCAACAAUAUCCAAUGUAAAUCAAGAAAACGACCUUGACAUAUUGCUUGGCCAUCUUCACAAAUUUGAACAACGAUUAGAUGAAAAAACAAGGUUUCAUGAUGAAAUUAAUUCAUCGAAGAAGAAAUCUAUUUCAUCAUCAAUUAUUGCACAAUUCAAUGAACUUGAUCAAACCUUAGUUACAUUAACUAAUACAUUGAAUAAUCUUGAAAUCGAAUUGGUUGAUUCAGGAAAUAGUUCCUCAUCAUCGGCGAUUAGUGAUUUAAAUGGAAACCAUCAAGUUGAUAGUGAAGAACAUUUUUCCGAUAGUGGCUUGUCUCAAUCAACUGACUCAAUUAGUUUACCAUUAAUUAGUCAACAGAUAUCAAAUACUUCUAGUAUUCUUUCAUGUGACACGUUAAAAAAUACGAAUGGAGAAAAUCAAAUACGUUUAGCAUUACAAAAAAUACACGAAGCAAAUAUAAAAAAACUUUUCGUAAAAAUUUAUAAUGAAGAUCAAUCGGCAAAAAAUAUUUUAAUUGAUGAAACGAUGUCUGUAUAUCAAAUAUUAAUAUUGCUUUUUCAUAAAUAUCAUUUGAGACCAACAUUAAAUUAUUCGAUUGUUGAAGAUUUACCGGAUUUACACCUAUAUCGUAUAUUUGAAGAUCAUCAAAAUUUAAUAAAUGACGGUUUAAUUUAUUGGGCACGUGAUACAUGUAAUCGAAUAUGUUUUUAA